CAUUGCUGUCUUCUGGCUAAACAGGUUUCUGCCAUACUGGGAACAAUGGAUUCUAUGCUAACUUUAGCAACAGAAGAACCUGUUAAGAAGGAUGUUCUCAAGAGAUAUAAAAUCAUUUGUAUUGUUCUUCUUGCUCUGCUGGUGAUCGUGUCACUUGGAUUAGGCCUGGGACUUGGACUCAGGAAACCAGAAGAACAAGGCAGCUGCAGGAAAAAAUGCUUUGACUCAUCAUUCCGAGGACUGGAGGGCUGCCGGUGUGAUCAAGGCUGUCAAGAUCGAGGCGACUGCUGCUGGGAUUUUAAAGAAACUUGUGUGGAAUCAACUGCAAUAUGGACAUGCAAUUCGUUUCGCUGUGGGGAGAACAGACUGGAGUCCAGCCUUUGCUCUUGUGCAGAUGACUGUUUGCAGAGGAAAGACUGCUGCGUUAACUACAAGAGUGUUUGCCAAGGGGAGACUCCGUGGGUAACAGAAAACUGCACCACAACCCCGCAGCCUCAGUGCCCAGAAGGGUUUGACCUGCCGCCAGUAAUCUUGUUUUCCAUGGAUGGCUUUAGAGCUGAAUAUCUAGACACAUGGAAUACUUUAUUACCAAAUAUCAAUAAGCUGAAAACAUGUGGAAUCCAUUCAAAAUACAUGAGAGCUGUAUAUCCUACCAAAACAUUCCCAAAUCAUUACACUAUUGUCACGGGCUUGUAUCCAGAAUCACAUGGCAUCAUUGACAAUAGUAUGUAUGAUGUACAUCUCAACAAGAGUUUUUCACUUUCUUCAGUGGAGAAAAACAAUCCCGCCUGGUGGCAAGGGCAACCAAUUUGGCUGACAGCAAUAUAUCAAGGUUUAAAAGCUGCAGCUUACUACUGGCCAGGCUCAGAUGUGGCUGUCAAUGGCUCCUUUCCAACCAUAUAUGUGAAUUACAGCAGUUCUGUCCCAUAUGAAAAGAGGAUCUCAACACUGUUAAAGUGGCUGGACCUUCCAAAAGCUGAAAGACCCAAUUUUUAUACCAUAUACGUGGAAGAGCCUGAUUCUGCAGGACAUAAAAAUGGACCAGUCAGUGCUAGAGUAAUUAAAGCCUUAGAGUUGGUAGAUAAUGCCUUUGGAAUGUUGAUGGAGGGCCUCAAACAGCGGAACUUACACAACUGUGUCAAUAUCAUCCUGUUGACCGACCAUGGGAUGGACCAGACUUACUGUGAGAAGGUGGAAUAUAUGACUGAUUAUUUUCCCCGAAUAAACUUCUAUAUGUACCAAGGGCCUGCCCCUCGCAUCAGGAGUCAGAAGGUGCCUGAGGACUUCUUUACCUUUAAUUCUGAAGAAAUCGUUAGGAACCUCAGUUGCCGAAAACCCAACCAGCAUUUCAAACCCUAUCUGACUCCUCAUUUGCCCAAACGACUGCACUAUGCCAAAAAUGUCAGAAUUGACAAAGUUCAUCUGAUGGUUGAUCGACAGUGGCUGGCUACAAGGAGUAAAUCAAGUUCGUACUGUGGAGGAGGCAACCACGGUUAUAACAAUGACUUUAAGAGCAUGGAGGCUAUCUUCUUGGCACAUGGCCCCAGCUUUAAAGAAAAGAUUGAAGUUGAACCAUUUGAGAAUAUUGAACUCUACAAUCUCCUUUGUGAUCUUCUACGAAUUCAACCGGCACCAAACAAUGGUACCCACGGCAGUCUAAACCAUCUUCUGAAAGUGCCUUUUUAUGAGCCAUCUCAUGCGAAGGAGGUGUCCAGUUCUUCUGUUUGUGGCUUUACUGCUCCAUUGCCCAUGGACAAGCUAGACUGCACAUGUGCCGUGCUUCAGAAUGAGACUCAACUGGAACAUGAGAAUCAAAAGCUAAAUCUCACCCAAGAAGAAAUAACAGCAACAGUGAGAGCAAAUUUGCCAUUUGGGAAGCCCAGGGUUUUGCAGAAGAACAAGGAGCACUGCCUGCUUUACCACAGAGAGUAUGUCAGUGGGUUUGGGAAGGCUAUAAGGAUGCCCCUGUGGAGCUCAUACAACGUCCCCCUGCCGCAGGGAGACACAUCGCCUCUUCCUCCCACUAUCCCAGACUGUCUGCGGGCUGAUGUCAGGGUUGCUCCUUCUGAGAGCCAAAAAUGUUCCUUCUAUUUAGCAGACAAGAAUAUCACCCACGGCUUCCUCUAUCCUCCUGCAAACAGUAAUAAUGUCUAUGAUGCUUUAAUUACAAGUAAUUUGGUCCCUAUGUAUGAAGAAUUCAAAAAAAUGUGGGAUUACUUCCAUGAGGUUCUUCUUAUUAAAUAUGCGGUGGAAAGAAAUGGAGUAAAUGUCAUCAGUGGACCAAUAUUUGAUUAUAAUUAUGAUGGUCAUUUUGAUGCUCCAAAUGAAAUUACAGAACACAUAGCCAACACUGAUGUUCCCAUCCCAACUCACUACUUUGUGGUGCUGACGAGUUGUAAAGACAGGAGCCACACACCAGACAACUGCCCCGGGUGGCUGGAUGUCCUACCAUUCAUCAUCCCCCAUCGACCCACCAACGUGGAGAGCUGUCCUGGAAACAAAACAAAUGAUCUCUGGGUGGAAGAAAGGUUUCUAGCCCAUGUUGCCCGUGUCCGAGAUGUAGAACUCCUUACUGGUCUUGACUUUUAUCAGGACAAAGCAGAGCUGCCUGUCUCUGAAAUUUUACAACUGAAGACAUACCUACCCUCAUUUGAAACCAUUAUUUAAUAUAACCUAUAAAAUAAUUUGGGCAAAAUGAAGAUGAUAUUUUCUGUUGGGAAAUCAUAAAAUAAAGCUUGCUAUUUUUCUGUGACUCA